UCAGAGUUCGAAGUUUCUUUUACACCCUUCCGUCAGUUCCAUGGUUUUUAAGCUCACUCUCUCUCUCUCUAAGACGAAGAUCGCACCAUCUCUCAACUCAAAGAAAUUCAACACAACAUCACAGUUAGUACAGUAUUCCAUUGAUAAAAAUUCAAGAUUUAUUGAAUACCCUUUUCUUCUUCAUAGCCUCCGUAACGCCCUGUAGCAUAUAUAUUGCAUAUACACUCUUCUUUACAUACAUUUUCUAAAUUCAGGAGACCAAGAACGCACCUUCAACAACGAGCUAGAAGAGGUUGGUUUCCAUUUUUGGUGGCAAGACCAGAAAUGAAACCACAACGCAAGAAACUAGUGUUUAUUUUUCUUCUUGCCAUCUCCUUACUAGAUUCUUGGUCCACUGUGUACUCAGAUCUAGCAUCAGAUAAGAUUGCCCUCGAAGCUCUGCGUAAGGCAGUGGGUGGUCGAUCCCUCCUCUGGAAUAUUUCCAACAGUCCUUGCUCAUGGGUUGGCGUAUUUUGUGAACGGGAUAGAGUUGUUGAGUUGCGCUUGCCUGGCAUGGGUCUCUCCGGGAAGCUACCUGUCGCCCUUGGCAACCUUACACAGCUGCAUACUCUGUCUCUCCGCUUCAACGCACUUUCUGGUCCAAUCCCAGCUGAUAUAGGCAGUCUUGCAUCGCUACGCAAUCUUUACUUGCAAGGGAACUUUUUUUCUGGGGAGAUUCCUGAAUUCUUGUUUAAUUUGCAGAAUUUGGUAAGGCUUGACUUGGCUCACAAUAAUUUCUCUGGCGAAAUCCCUACGAGUUUUAAUAAGUUGAAGAGGCUGGGAACUCUGUAUAUGGAGGAGAAUCAGCUUAAUGGUUCCAUUCCUGACCUGAAUUUGCCAUCUCUUGAUCAAUUCAAUGUUUCUUUUAACAAGUUAACAGGGCCUAUUCCUCAGAGGCUAUCUGGCAAGCCUACAACUGCCUUUGAAGGGAAUUCGCUUUGUGAGAAACCUUUGAUACCUUGCAAUGGUACUUCGAAUGGGAAUGGUAAAUUGUCAGGGGGAGCAAUUGCUGGGAUUGUAAUUGGCUGUGUUAUUGGAUUUUUGCUAAUUCUAAUGAUUUUGAUCAUAUUGUGUCAAAAAAAGAGAACCAAACAAGGAGUUGCUAAAGAUACUCAGGAGCCAAAGAGGGGCGAAGUUGAAAUUCCCCGCGAAAAGGCAGUGGCUGACAGGGGUAAUGCAAGCACGGGGUUCGCCGGUGCAGCGCCGGUGGCAGCAGCUGCAGCGGCGAUCGCCAAAAGUGAAGCUAAGAGUGGUGGUGGCACUAAAAGUUUGGUGUUCUUUGGGAACACCCCAAGGGUGUUUGAUUUGGAAGACUUAUUGAGAGCUUCUGCAGAAGUGCUUGGGAAGGGGACUUUUGGGACGACCUAUAAGGCCACCUUAGAGAUGGGAGUGGUGGUGGCUGUGAAAAGAUUGAAGGAUGUGACGGUAACAGAGAAGGAAUUUCGAGAGAAGAUUGAAUCUGUUGGGAAGAUAAAUCAUGAGAAUUUGGUCCCAUCAAGAGCUUAUUAUUAUAACAAGGAUGAAAAGCUUCUUGUUUAUGAUUACAUGCCAAUGGGAAGCUUGUCUGCACUUUUACAUGGAAAUAGAGGGGCUGGUAGGACUCCGUUGAACUGGGACACAAGGUCUGGAAUUGCACUUGGAGCUGCCAGAGGGAUUGCACACCUACACUCUCAUGGCCCUGCGAUCUCUCAUGGAAACAUUAAAUCAUCAAAUAUCCUGCUUACAACAUCGUUUGAAGCCCGUGUCUCCGACUUUGGCCUUGCCCAUCUCGCAGGACCUACCCCCACUCCCAACCGCAUAGAUGGUUAUCGUGCUCCAGAGGUGACGGAUGCUCGCAAAGUAUCCCAAAAAGCAGAUGUUUACAGCUUCGGGAUACUGCUCUUGGAAUUGCUUACAGGAAAGGCUCCCACUCAUUCCCACUUGAAUGACGAGGGAGUAGACCUUCCAAGAUGGGUUCAGUCUGUGGUUAGAGAUGAGUGGACUUCAGAGGUGUUUGAUCUUGAGCUUCUCCGAUAUCAGAAUGUAGAGGAGGAUAUGGUUCAACUCUUGCAGCUAGCAAUCAAUUGCACUGCUCAGUAUCCUGAUAACCGGCCUUCAAUGGCAGAGAUGAGAGACCAAAUAGAGGAGCUUUGCCGUUCUAGCUCACAAGAGCGUGACACACAUCUUGAUAUUGAGGAUGACAAGGCCUCCCAACAGACGUACUCGGUUGAUUCAGGUGCACCGCCACCUUAAUUCAUUAAGGGCUAAAGAAAGAUCAUUUGAUCUUUCAUUGUUUCCCCAUUUUUAAUACACUUAUUACUUUAGUGUUUCAAUUGUUUGUUUAUUCUUGGGUUCGUCCAUGAGGACCAACUGUGCAUGUUCAUUUUCCCCCUUUACUCUUGUCCAUUUUUCCUUUGCCCUCUUUCAAAGCACAGAUUUACUUUUGCACUUGUAAGACCUUUCACGUUAUGUGUGAGGGGACGAUUCCAACAUUAUUAUUUUACUUGGCUGGUGUGAAGUGUGAAUAACUAGCAAGUUGUUUUA